AUGGCAUCCGCCGUCUCAUCUAUCAAGCCUGCAGUCGUCCCAAGUGCUCCACCAGCAGACAACCCUGCCGAGGCUCUGCUUCCAGGUGAACACACUCUCCCCUCCUCUUGGUGGACAUCUGACAAGGUGUUUGAACUGGAAAAGAGAGCUAUCUUCAACAAGUCGUGGCUGUACACCUCGCAUGCUUCGCGCUUCAAGAAGGCAGGUGAUUACUACGCCUUUACCUUUACUGGAAUCAACUUUUUUUUGAUCAAGACCAAAGCCGGUGAAAUCAAGGCUUUCCACAACGUUUGCCGUCACCGUGCCUAUCCUGUGGUCAGAAAAGAAAAGGGUUCUUCUACCAUUCUUGGAUGCAAGUACCACGGUUGGUCUUACAAUACAGAGGGUACCCUUACCAAAGCCCCUCACUUUGACCAGGUUCAAGGCUUUGAGAAGGAGAAGAACAGUCUUUAUGAAAUCAGAACCCAUAUUACCGAUCAGGGUCUGAUUUUCGUCAAUUUCGACCAAAGUGAAGAGGGCCCAACCAACUUCGAUAGCUGGUUCGAAGGUCUGCAGGACGAAAUGCAUGAAUACGAUUUCUCCGACUACGAGUACUACAUGUCGUACGAGCUUGAUGGUAAGUUCAACUGGAAGACUCUUAUGGAUGGUUACCAGGAAUGUUACCACUGUCCUACGGCACAUCCUGGUCUGAGUACCGCGUUCAAGAUGGAGACCUACAAGGUGGUUCCCAAGUCCAGAUACUGUCGCCAUUACGCGCAAAUCGUCAAGGAAGAAAUUCCCGAAGUUGAGAGCAACACCGAUCCAGAUGAAGAAUCAUCCUGGUUUGGUUUUGGAAAAAAGAAGGCUGCUCCAAAGAAGGAGGUUGAGACCAAGAAGAAGAACCCCGGUGGUGACUUCAACGGUUUGUGGGUGUACCUUUUCCCCACCAACGGUAUCAACUGUUACUCUCCAGCUUGGUACUCCAUCCGUGUGUUGCCAAUUGCCCCUGGCCGCACUAUUCUUCAGUACGACAUCUAUACCAAGAAGGGUCUUGAGGAUGACCAGAAAAAAGAGUUUGUCGACUUUUUACAGACCGUUGAGAUCGAAGACUACAACCUAUGUGAGGCCACCCAGAAGAACCUUAACCAGGGUGUCUACUCCACUGGGUACUUGCACCCAACCAAGGAGCAGGGGGUUGUUUACUAUCAGGGAGUUGUGAGGGACAUGGUCAAGGAUCACUGGGCUCAAGAGAAGCUUGCGGGUGGUCCAAUCAACCCAGCCUACGUUGGUGGUAAGGCUCCUUCUGACGAAGCUGCUGAGCUUGAGGUUCUUUGCAAGGAGGUUGAGUGCCAGGGCAGCAACCCAGAGACCACUUCUCCCUUUGAUUGGUGA